AUGUUACCACAGUGGAGACCUCUCACCCUCAGCCUAGCAGGCAUUCUCGUAAGCCAGGUAUGGCUCGCCUCCAGCCAGGAAGUCGGGCCCUUCGACCCAUCGACGGCACCCAUCCCACCGAUGCUGCGCUUCCAAUGCUCGCAGCUGGUGGUCGAGCGCCUCGACCCGCUCGUCACGCCGGGGUCGAUCCCCUCGCCGCACCUGCACCAGAUCGUGGGCGGCAACUCGUUCAACGCGUCGAUGGACCCGGCGACGCACGACCUCGUCGCCCAAUCCUCCUGUACAAGCUGCACCUUCACCGAGGACUUCUCCAACUACUGGACGGCGGUGCUCUACUUCCGCGCGCGCAACGGCACCUACAAGCGCGUCGCGCAGAAGCCCAACGACGGGCUGCGCGGCAACGGCGGCAUCACCGUCUACUACAUCCCGCCGCUGGGGAAGAACAAGACGACCGCCUUCCGGCCGGGCUUCCGCAUGCUGGUCGGUGACGCGGCACUUCGCGGGAACCCCACGGGCGGGAGGAAGUACGAUCCGAAAGUGUGUCACCGGUGCAUGCCGACAAAGGGCGACAACAACAACUUGAACUGUGCGGCGCCGGAUAGCAUCACCCUCCCUAAGAAGUUCUGCUCCGGUGGGAUCAGGAGUGUGAUCACCUUCCCGACGUGCUGGGACGGCGUGAACCUGGAUUCGCCGGACCACAAGAGCCACAUGGCCUAUCCCGUCGAGGGCACGCAGUGGAACAUGACGGAUUUUGAUGGCGGCGUGUGUCCGGACAGCCAUCCCGUACGGGUGCCGCAGGUCAUGUACGAGGUCAUUUGGGAUACCACGCCGUUCAAUGACCCCGACUUGUGGCCCGAGGAUAAGAACGAGCAGCCGUUUGUUUGGAGUACUGGGGAUGAAAACGGAUACUCCCAGCAUGGCGAUUAUGUAUUCGGGUGGAAGGACGACGCCCUCCAGCGGGCGAUGGACAACCGCUGCUUUGGCGACGUCUGCGAGAGCUUGACAACUCAGACCCCCGAGAAGGCCGCCGAGUGUGUCAAGAGCAGAACCGUGGAGGAGGAGAUAGAUGGAUGGCUGACGGAACUUCCGGGCAUGGCGGGUAUGAGGAAGUGA